AUGGCUACCUCUACACGACCACCAGCAAAUCGCUUCGUGGCCAUGGCCCGCAGGGUUUACAACCCUAUCGGGUUCUCCAAAGGCUACAACUUUGUACUCUUCUUCAUCUUCGCCGGGGCUCUGGUGGGAUUCACGCUUGCCCGAUUUCAGUAUCUCUCCCUGGACAAGAGCUGCUUCUCGGGACCCGGCGCCGGGCCGCUCGAUUGCUAUUAUUACACAGACGGCUCGGUUGACAGGCUUGGCAUCUUCUUGCACCUCGCCACUAUCCUGCCCGCCGCCUUACUGGCUUGCGUCCAGUUUGUGCCGGCCAUCCGCCACAAGGCCAUCCUCCUGCACCGCAUCAAUGGUUAUCUCGUCAUUCUUCUCAGUCUAAUCUCGACCGCAGGCGCCAUCAUGCUCGCGCGGAAUGCAGUCGGCGGUCGGACGGAGGUGCAAAGCGGCGUCGGCGUCCUGUCAAUUGCCUUUGUUGUCUCGCUAGCGCUCGCUCUGUACAACGUCAAGCGGCUCCAGAUCGAGCAGCACCGUGCCUGGAUGCUCAGAGCGUGGUUUUAUGCGUACCCCGACUGCUACGCCUACUUUUCGGGCGACGACGUCAACAGGAUAGUCCUCGUGCCUGCGUCGUUCCAAGGCAACAAGAGCAAUGUGACGGCUGCUCUAAGCCGAAACUUUGGAGGCGCCCUCUGGCUUGCACUAGCCCUGCAUGCUGUCGGGGUUGAGAUCUACUUACGUCUUACACCGGCCGAAGCCGAUCGUCUGAGGAACGUGUCUUAUCAGCGACAGUUGGAAGCUGGCAUGAAGAAUCCCGGGCGGGCCGGUCUCACCGCGGACAGGACUGGCGACUCGGCUUUGUGGGUGCCUAGCAGUCAGCGAGGUCUGCAUGGUGCGGCGAACGACACUGGGGAUUCCAUCGAGGGAACCCGGGUGAUGGCAAAGACUUCAAUGGAGCCUUGA